AUGGACCGAAACCCCACACCAAACCCAACACCCAUAGACCGAAACCCCACACCAAACCCAACCCUUGCCAUUACUGAAGGAGGGGACACUGAAACACCUGCCAAAUCAGCAACAGAAGACACUGAAGACUGGGUCCAUGGACUACAGCAAUGUCGAGCCAAUACCAUGUUCUGGAAAAAUCUCCAUGCAGACAUAGUGUUAAAAAUUAAAGAGGGCCAAGCUAGGUGGGGUGUCAUAAAAAACCGCACAAUUCGGGCGCGUUAUCAAGCCCGGAUGCAUCUCCUACAUAUAAAGGCUGUGAGAGCUAAAAUUGAAAAUGUCCCUGCCACUGCAGUUAUUGUAUUCAAGGAAUCUGACAAAAUGGCUCAGCUGAAGCAAAAACAACUGGAAUCCGAUUUCGAACUAUUUAGGAAGUUUGCAAAAAUUGUGGAUGCAGAAGGAAAGUGGGACAUCACUAUGGGAGGGGUCAUGAAUUUAAUGGGUCGCGGUCGCCGUAUUUGA